AUGCCAGUUUUCGGAGAACGUAAUAUUACGUCGAUUACUGUUAAAAUUAAUCAAUUGUCAACCCCACAGGAGGAUGAUAUUGAUAAGCCAAUUGAACUUUAUUUAUCAGAUUUGAUACAUUUAAUUCAGGUACAGCCUCAUACGGGGGCAUCUGAAGCUGCAAGAGCCAUCAGGAAAAAGAUAAAAUAUGGAGAAUCUGUUAAAGUACAGUUGAAGGCUCUCAGUGUACUUGAGUUGUUGGUUUUAAACUCAGGACCGAAAAUCGGGCCAGUGAUAGCUAGAGAUGAUAAGCUACAUGAUGUAUUGAAAGGUAUAAUAAAUGGUCAUGGAAAGACGGGUGCAGGUGCAAGCUAUCAUGUUGAUGUCCAGCGUAAAGUUAGGGGAUUAGCUAGAGGAUGGAAAUCAGAAUUAGCAGAUAUGAGUGACUAUAAGCCAUUGGCCACAUUAUGGAAAGCUAUUCCUGGUGCAAGAAAUAGUAGAACUCAUUCUAGAAAGACGAGUGAAAACAUUUUUGAAUCUGAACUUGAUGACCAGCCGAAAUCACCAACGCCUGUCAGCCAGAAGAAGAUUCCACCUCCUCGUCCAGCCAAAGCGUCUACAUACUCUGCAAACUCUGAGGAACCUAGAAAAACAAAAGGCAAGAAGAAGAGAAGAAGAAGAACUCGUGGAGGUGUUCGUUAUGCUGAUGAGGAAUAUCAAAUUCCUCAAAUCAACUAUAAAGUUGAGGCUCCUAGAAUCAGAACUGUCAUUGCAGAAUGUCAUACGCAUACAACGACUUUGAAUAAUCUUUUAAUGACAUUCCCAUCUGAAAUGUCACCAUUGGAUGAUGAGAAAUGCUCUAGCGAGUUUGACAAGUGUCGCUCUAUAAGAAGAAAAGUGUUGAGAUACUUGCAAUACGUGGGUGCAGGAGACGGAACAACAAAAAGUGAACAGGUCCUAGCUAUGGAUGAAGAGUUCUUAGGAAGCUUAAUUGUUGCUAAUGAACAAUUAGUGCAUACCUUCAAGAAUUUCGACAAAGCUUGUGGAUAUACCGAGGAAAAUCCAGCACCAGACUAUGAUGAUGACGAUGUCGGUAGUGAAGGAUAUGAGAGCUAUUAUACUGAUGAAUCGUCUGAUUCAGAUACUGAGAAUGUCGCAGACGAGUUGUCUAAUGUUAAUUUGGCUGGGGAGGGUUCCUCAAGCGCAUUGCAAGGUAAAAAGUCUCCCCCUCCAAUACCUAAAUCAAAACCAGCCGGUUAUACUAACAGAAGCCUUAGCAAAAUUAAAACCAAUGCAAGCGUUUCUAGUGAUCCCUUUGGUGAUAAAAACGAAGUAUGA